UGAUAGUUUGAACCAGAAAAAAUAAUAAACUUUUUUUGAGAAAAAUUAAUUUACGACAAUAAUUUACGUAUUAUUUAAUAAUUAUUUGUAAAGUUGUUUUUAACUCAUAGGUCAAUUGUCAUAUAUUUUGGUCCUUUGACUUCGUUAUCAUUUCUUCAGCCGUUUGUGAUAAUAAUUAUUUGUGUCGACGCCGCGCAGGAUGGAUCAACUUCGUUUCGACGGGCGUGUAGCGGUGGUAACUGGCGCCGGUGGUGGCCUGGGCAAGGAAUAUGCGCUGCUCCUCGCGUCCAGGGGAGCCAAAGUCGUAGUGAAUGAUCUCGGAGGUGCUAGAGAUGGCCUUGGAAAGUCCAACUUUGCUGAUGCUGUUGUCAAGGAAAUUAAGGACAAAGGUGGAGUGGCGGUCGCAGACUACAACUCGGUAGUAGAGGGCGAGAAACUAAUAAAGACAGCACUUGAUAACUUCGGCCGUAUUGAUAUCCUUAUCAACAAUGCCGGCAUUCUGCGUGAUAAGAGCUUCCAAAAAAUGUCCGAACAGGACUGGGACCUGAUCCACGCGGUCCACCUGAAGGGUGCGUUCAAGACUACACAGGCGGCGUGGGAGACCUUCAAGAAGCAGAAGUAUGGGCGCGUCAUCAUGACCUCCAGCAAUGCUGGUCUCAUUGGAAACUUCGGACAGGCAAACUACAGUGCCGCGAAGAUGGGUCUGGUCGGUCUGGCCAACACGCUGGCCAUCGAAGGGGCGAAGUACGACAUCAAAGUGAACACCAUAGUGCCCACGGCGGCGUCUCGACUCACCGAGGACAUCCUGCCACCGGAGAUGUUCCAGGCUAUGAAACCUGAGCUCAUUGCACCUGUUGUUGCUUACAUGGUGCACGAAUCCUUCCCUGACACCGGGGUGAUCAUCGAUUCUACUCUGGGCUUCGCUAGCAAAGCUCAUCUCGUCAGAUCAAGUGGAGCACCCUUGAGAAAGAAGCACACAGACCCAGUGACCAUCGAAUCGGUGAAGGAGAAAUGGGCUGAAGCAGUGAACAUGGAGAAAGCUAAGCACUUUGACAAGAUGGCAGAUGUCACCAUCGAUUUAGUCUCCAGCUUACAGGAAUUCGAAGACCGCAGCAAAUUGGACAGCGUGCGCGAGUCGUACUGGAAGACGUAUAGCUAUAACUCCAAAGAUCUCGUCUGUUACGCUCUUGGCGUGGGUUCCUCGGUAGUGAAUCCCUCAGACCUCAAGUUCCUGUACGAGAGUCACGAGGAGUUCACCGCAUUGCCCACCUUCUUCAUCCUGGCCGGCAUGGUGUUGGAGUCACCUGUCAUCGGCCAGGCCAUGCCUCCGGGCAAGUUUGCUGACUUCACCAAUAUUCUCCACGGCGAGCAAUACCUGGAGUUCAUGGGCGACUUCCCCGGCAACGAGGGCGAGUUCACCGUACGCAACUACGUGGUCGACGUGCUCGACAAGGGCUCCAGCGCGGUCGCCAUUGUCAACAGUGAAAUCUACCAAAACAGGGAGCUAGUGUUGCGCACACAGCAACACAUCUUCGUGCUCGGUCAGGGCGGGUUCGGUGGGCCCAGGAACAGCACGCAGGCGGUCAGCGUGGAAAACGCGCCCAAGCGCGCGCCGGACGCUGUGGUCGAACAGAAGACUGCGGAAGAUCAGGCUGCGCUGUACAGGUUGUCAGGUGAUCUGAACCCUCUGCACAUCGACCCGAACGUAGCGUCGGCGGGCGGACACGCCAAGCCCAUUCUGCACGGGCUGGCGUCGCUUGGAUUUUCAGUCAGACACGUACUUGCUAAGUACGCUGGCAACAAUCCUGCGAACAUCAAAGCAUUGAAAGCUCGCUUCGUCAAGCCGGUGCUCCCCGGACAGACGUUGUCCACUGAGAUGUGGCUCGAAGGCAACCGAGUCCACUUCCAGACCAAGCUUAAGGAGACCGGCAAUGUUGUUAUUGCAGGAGCUUAUGUUGAUUUGAAGAACGUGGUCAAAGAUACCGGAGCUGCACCAAGCUCACAGGUCGCACAGUCUGCGGGCUCACUGAAGAGUGACUCCCUCUUCGCCAAGAUUGAGCAGGGCGUGAAGGAAAACCCGGACAAAGCCAAGAGUGUGGGCGCUGUAUACCUCUACAAUAUCACUGAAAAUGGAAAAACCAUCAAGCAAUGGACUUUGGAUUUGAAGAAAGACUUGACAGUGUACCAGGGAGAACCGAAGACUGGCAAAGCUGACACAACAAUGACAGUGUCAGACAAUGAUCUGAUGGAGAUUGCAUCCGGAACCCUGAGUCCACAGGUUGCCUACUUGAAGGGAAGACUGAAACUCGCUGGCAACAUUAUGUUGGCUCAAAAACUCGGCCCACUGUUGAAGAGCGAUGCUAAAUUGUAAAGUAAACAUUGCCAUAUUCUUAACUUGUCACAAUCCUGAUUGCCUGGUGAUGGGCUCAAAUGUAUUAUUACAUCCAGGUUCUUCUUCUUCUUCUUCCUACUGAACCAUUGUAUGUAAGUCAUUCAGUGUAGGUCCUCGCUGGGUUCACUCCAGCCGAGCUUGCUCCAGAAAUUUAAUAGGCCGUCUAGGUCUUCACCAAGGUUAAGGACCGAGGAGUUAAGAUACCAUAGUUAUAUUGGCCAGUUUUUAAUAAUUUAGCUGCAGUUAGUAACAAUAUGAGAACCAGUUUAUGAUCAUUAUGAGAAUAUUUUAACAGCGAACUACAGGGCUAGGCCUUUCUUCUUAUAGGAGAAGGAAAAAGGACCUUAAACCUACCACACUGCUCCAAUGCUAGCUAGUUACCACCCUAACGACAAAGACGUACCGCCAAGCAAUUUAGCGUUCCGGUACGAUGUCGUGUAGAAACCGAAAGGGGUGUGGAUUAUUAUCCUCCUAACAACUUAGCCCGCUUAUAUCUUUGCAUCAUCACUUAUUAUCAGGUGAGAUUGUAGUCAAGGGCUAACUUGUAAAGAAAAAAAAUGGUGGGAUAGUUUUGAUCACAAUAAUUAGUUAAACCAUAAUGGAGUGUGGUGGGUUUACACUAUAUAUUUGUUAUGAAAUUUUUAUGGCCAGCAAUUGCCGACUCUUUCUUCUUGUGAAUUCAGGUCUAAUACUCCAAUGUUAAUUUUUUAAAUACAAUAUUUUUUGCCUAUUGAAAUGUUUUGUUAAAUGUACUGUCUAGAUUUUAUUUAUUAUUAUUACAAUUUAUUAAGAUAAGGGGAAAAUAUUAUGAGACUUGAACUAUUUAUGUUGAGGCGAAAGACAUUAUAAUUAAUUAUUAUAUUUUUAUAUAUUGUUAUUCAUUCCAAUGGAUUUUGUAGAGGUGAUGGAAAAAUAAAUCACAUUUUUUACAAAAA